CAAAAUUAGUUACCAAUACUUGUUCAGCCUUCAGCCACGUAAGGAGUUAAUGUCUCUCUUUUCAAAUGAGAAAAAGAUGGCCGAGAAAAUUAUAUAUAUAUAUAUACACUAGCAGUACUUUAUCAAGUGACCACACUGGAGAGGUGUUUGAGAGAGCACCCAAAUGGAGAUCCAAUUCAACCUCUUCACUACUGCAGUAGUAAUACUGUUAUUCUGCCUCCAAUGGUGGUUGCUCCGGCGAGCUCCUGCCGCCAAACAACCUCCCGGUCCCACCGGACUUCCCAUUGUCGGUAACCUCCUCCAACUGGGGAAGAAACCCCACCAGACAAUGGCCAAUUGGGCUAAACACUACGGCCCUCUCAUGACUCUCCGCUUCGGCCUUGUUACCACCAUUGUUGCUUCCUCCGCCGAACUGGCCAAAGAAAUCCUCCAUACGCACGACAAAACCUUCUCCGACCGGCCUGUGCCGGAUGUCAUCGCGGCCCAACCCUACCCGGAAGGAACCCUUGCGUGGGUCCCCGGCAACCAAAAGUGGCGCAACCGCCGGAGAGUCUGCACCACACAACUGUUCACCAACAAGACACUGGACACCAUGCAACACCUCCGCCACAAGAAAGUCGGAGACCUCCUCGGCCAUGUCCGGAAGCUCUGUGCUUCCGGUGAGCCGGUGGACAUCGGCCAAGUGACUUUCGCUACCAGCCUGAACUUGAUGUCGAACACCAUCCUCUCAGUCGACGUGAUCGACGCAGACUUCGAGUCAGCUCAGGAGUUCAAGGACCUGGUUUGGAGGAUUAUGGAAGAUGGUGGGAAGCCAAAUGUUUCUGAUUAUUUUCCGGUGCUAAAAUGGUUUGAUUUGCAGGGAAUAAGGCAUCACAUAAAGCCUUCGUAUAAGAGGCUUCAUGAGAUCUUUGACGAAAUCAUCAGUCAGCGUUUGAAAUCUAGGGCUUUGGGUUUGGGGGCUGGUGACUUCUUGGAAGUUCUUCUUGAUCAAUGUGAAAAAGAUGAGUCGGAUUUCAACAGCCUAACCAUCAAACCUUUGAUCCUGGACUUGUUUAUUGCUGGGAGUGAUUCAUCUUCACUAACAACCGAAUGGGCAAUGGCAGAACUUCUUCGCAACCCGGACACAAUGAAGAAAUUACAGAACGAACUCAUCCAAAAAAUUGGCUCUAACCGGUCCGUCGAAGAAUCCGACAUUGAUCACCUCCCAUACCUGCAAGCUGUGGUGAAGGAGACCAUGAGACUCCACCCCGCCGCCCCCCUUCUGCUACCAUACAAAGCCGGGAACGAUGUAGAAAUCGGCAGCUUCACCAUAUAUAAGGACAACCAAGUCGUAGUGAAUGCAUGGUCUAUUGGUAGAGAUGAAUUGUAUUGGGACAACCCAUUGGUAUUUAAGCCAGAGAGGUUCUUAGACUCUAACAUUGACUUUAAAGUUCAAGACUUUCAGUACAUACCGUUUGGCGCUGGCCGGAGAAUCUGUCCCGGUUUGCCUCUGGGAUUCCGAAUGGUUCAUCUAAUGUUAGCUUCUCUUGUCCAUGAAUUCAAUUGGAAGAUCGCCGGAGGAAUCGAGCCGGAGAAUUUGGACAUGGAGGAGCAGUUUGGGAUUACAUUGAAGAAAGCCAUCCCACUUACUGCCAUUCCUAUGAUGAAAAAGAUGGAAUGAUUUAAGUCCUUAGAGUUUUUAUUUUUAUUUUUAUUUUUAUUUUUAUUCUUUUUUUGGGUAAAAAGGUAAGCUUUAUAAAAUAACAGAACCAAGAUUGGCCACUUGCAAAGGAGCAUCCUUGAAAGAAAAGUUGAUGCAGUGCUUCAGGAGAUUUAGCUUGAGGGAAGCAAAUCUUGCUCUGAUGUAUCCUUUAAUGAGAUGGAUUAUGUGAUGAGCUGAAGCAGACCUGUUGUUGAAGGCUCUGGCAUUUCUCUUCUGCCAAAUGAAAUAAAUGGCACAUGAAAGAAGAAGUUUAUGUAUGAUAAAGUGCUUCUGUGUCCAAGUUGAUGUGCACCAAGCAAUUAGGUCCCUCCAAUUAUCUUAUUAUCUUUUUUUUUCCCUUUUUUGGUGACACUAUAUUUCCAUGAAGAUGUUUCGAGCUUCUAUGUGGUUCCAAGUUGGUGUUUCAAAUAUUCCCUUAAAAUAAAGAAAUCCAAUUUACUUGUCUUGAUUCCAAAA